GUGGCCACUGACCUUAGUGGGCGCACUCUCACGGCCUUGGCGUUUCAUAGAGAUUUUGUGGAAAAUAGAGGCUGUGCUUAACUUAUUUCGGUAAUUUUGAUGAAUACAUGAGCUCUUCCACGAGCAGAGCAUUCGUUUAUUUCUGUACAUCAUCCGGUGCAUGUGUGUUUACUCUCGGUCUCUUUGAAAGCACGUUUUCCUCAUGCUAGUCUUUGUAUGUACUGAGCGCUUCUGGAAGACAUCAGCCCGACUCCAGCUGCUUUCAUUAAACUGCGCUUUGCUUUCUCAGGGUCGCGUUUUUGCCUUACAAGAACUGUAGUUUCGUAAUUGCUUCACGCUUGGUGUGAAGUUUAUUUUUUUUGUUUUGUUGUCGGUAUAAUAGCAGCCAUUGAAUUGCUAGCUGCUAGCUAGCCCGCUUCACUCUCAGUCGGCGUGUUGGAGCUGCUGGAAAAUGUCAGAUUUUGACGAGUUUGAGAGACAGCUGACCGAAAACAAGCAAGCGGACAGAGACAAGGAGAACAAGCACCACCGGCGCAGUGGCUCGAGAAGUCGCAGCAGAGACCGGGACAGGAAAAGGAGGAGCCGGGACCGAGACAGAGAAAGGCGAGCAGGCAGCCGGGAUCGUCAUGGAGACAGCAAGGACCGCAGACACAGACGCAGCAGUCGCUCUCCACACCGUGAGAAGAAAAAGAUUAAAGUGAAAAAAUACUGGGAUGUUCCUCCCCCUGGAUUUGAACACAUCACACCCAUGCAGUAUAAAGCCAUGCAGGCUGCUGGUCAGAUCCCAGCCACUGCUCUGCUUCCCACAAUGACCCCCGAGGGUCUGGCUGUGACCCCAACACCUGUUCCUGUUGUGGGCAGUCAGAUGACUCGUCAGGCCCGGCGGCUUUAUGUCGGCAACAUCCCGUUUGGCAUCACAGAAGAGUCUAUGAUGGACUUCUUCAAUGCUCAGAUGCGUUUAGGUGGCCUGACUCAGGCCCCAGGCAACCCAGUUCUUGCUGUUCAGAUCAAUCAGGACAAGAAUUUUGCCUUUUUGGAGUUUCGUUCAGUAGACGAAACGACACAGGCCAUGGCAUUUGAUGGCAUAAUUUUCCAGGGACAGAGUUUAAAGAUUCGUCGACCACACGAUUACCAGCCUCUGCCAGGCAUGAGUGAGAAUCCCAGUGUCUAUGUCCCAGGCACGUCUCUCUUUUGCUCCCCCAAUUCUUGCGUCGUCUCCACGGUGGUGCCUGAUUCGGCACACAAACUCUUCAUUGGCGGUCUGCCAAAUUACCUCAACGACGACCAGGUCAAGGAAUUGCUGACCUCAUUUGGCCCUCUAAAGGCCUUUAAUUUGGUCAAAGACAGCGCAACAGGCCUCUCUAAGGGCUAUGCCUUCUGUGAAUAUGUUGACGUCAAUAUCAGUGACCAGGCCAUCGCGGGACUAAACGGGAUGCAGCUGGGUGACAAGAAACUCCUGGUCCAGAGAGCAAGCGUCGGCUCCAAGAACACCACACUGACGGGUAUAAACCAGACACCGGUUACCCUUCAAGUUCCAGGUCUCGUGAACAGCUCGGUGACUCAGAUGGGAGGCAUUCCCACAGAAGUAUUGUGUCUGAUGAACAUGGUGGCUCCAGAGGAGCUGCUGGAUGAUGAAGAGUACGAGGAGAUCGUGGAAGACGUCAGAGACGAGUGCUCCAAAUACGGCCAGGUCAAGAGCAUCGAGAUCCCACGUCCCGUCGAUGGCGUGGAAGUUCCUGGCACUGGAAAGAUCUUUGUGGAGUUCAUGUCAGUGUUUGACUCCCAGAAAGCAAUGCAAGGCUUAACAGGAAGGAAAUUCGCCAACAGAGUGGUGGUGACAAAAUACUGCGACCCUGAUGCGUACCAUCGCCGCGACUUCUGGUAGAGACGGGACAGAAUCCAGAGCGAGAGAGACUCAGAGAAACGCAGAUGGUGUGAUUUCAAUCUCUCGGAAGCCCCUUGUUUUGUAGAUUUAUGAGAUCUGAGAGAGUGUGAGCUUUUUAAAAUCUGGCAGACUAAAAGCAUGACUUGUGAUUGGUCAGAAUGUAGCGAACCAAUCAUUUGUCAUGUUUUUUUUUGUUUUGUUUUUGUUUGUUUUUUUGAUGAUGAUGGUGAUGACGACAACAACAUUGAAGUAUGUGCAAAGCUUUAAGAUGGGAAAAUGGACCGUACCAUGUCAGUACAUGCAGUCAAGGAUUCUGUUAGACAUGCCACUAAACUUCCAGCUUAAUUUUGGCUCCUAGUGAUUUUCACUUUUUGUCGAUGUUAGAUUCCUACUCUAUCAUCUGUACAGCUCACACACUGGUCAGAUAGGAGAGAGAGGAGGAUGUAAGGAGCAAGUGAGGAAAGAGAAAUUGACAACUACGAAAAUGAAUGAUACACUCAAACAAAAAGGGGAGAGGGGGUAUUUCAGGCUUUGUUAUGUGGAUAUGGUUUUUAUUUAGGCUGUGAGGUUACCUGUUAAAAAGCCAGAGGAGUUUCCAGGUCAUCUUUCGACAUCAUACAUGUAUGAGGUAAAACCGCUGCAGGCUAAUCGCUAUCUUGUAGAAGGUGAAUAUUACCAAUUACAUCUAUACUGUCCUCUGUUUUCCCCCUCCUCCUCUCUUUUUCCUGCUAUCUCUCCCUCCUUUUAUAAUAGUUGUACUGUUUUUCGUGAACCCUAUUUUCCUGGCCCGAUCUAACCAAAUUUAUACACGGUGAAAAAAGAUACUUGUCUCUGCUUUUUUUUCCGUUUUGUUUUUUUAGUUUUUUCUGUUUUUUUUCCUUUUUAUACAUUCUGUAUCUAACUGUCCACUGCUGUUUUUUUAAAACUGUAAUAAGCUGAGUUGAUUUAAUACGAUGCGUUUAUGUAUGAAGACCAGAGAAACUUCUGGUGAAAUAAACUCAAUGCGUUUGAACUGA